AUGAGCUACCGCGGCAUGAACUCGAACGCUGAGAUUGUGAGCAAAUCACAGGCUCUUAUGGUCAACGUAAGCGCUGCAAAAGGUCUCCAAGGUGUACUUAAAUCCAAUCUAGGACCUCGUGGAACUCUCAAGAUGCUCGUAGGUGGAGCUGGACAAAUUAAACUCACAAAAGAUGGCAAUGUAUUGCUCCAUGAGAUGCAGAUUCAACAUCCAACAGCGGCUCUAAUCGCCCGUGCGGCUACUGCACAAGACGACGUGACGGGAGAUGGAACGACGUCCACUGUUCUAUUCAUUGGGGAGCUACUGAAGCAAGCGGAACGCUUCUUGGCUGACGGUCUACACCCGCGUGUUCUGUCGGAAGGCUUUGAGCUUGCUAAAGACGAGACGUUGCGUGUGCUGGACAGCAUCAAGAUCACACGUGAGGAUAUCCUCAAAGACCGAGAACUGCUUUGUAGUGUUGCACGCACAUCGAUGCGCACAAAACUGGACCAGAAACUUGCUGAUCAACUAACUGAGAUCAUUACGGACGCUGUGCUGACGAUCGCUGUGCCGAAUCGUCCAAUUGACCUGCACAUGAUCGAGAUCAUGCACAUGAUGCAUCAGAGCAGCAAUGACACCCGUCUCGUUAAGGGGCUGGUGCUUGACCACGGAUCACGCCACCCGGAUAUGCCUACGUCACUGGAGAAUUGCUACAUUAUGACGUGCAAUGUAUCGUUGGAAUACGAAAAGAGUGAGGUAAACUCGGGCUUCUUCUAUAACAGCGCAGACCAGCGUGAAAAGAUGGUGGAAGCCGAGCGCAAGUUCACGGACGACAAGAAGGGUAUUGAUCCUCUGUCGUUAGACAUGCUGGCAAAAGAAGGUAUUCUGGCCCUGCGUCGCGCCAAGCGUCGUAAUAUGGAACGGAUAACGCUUGCCUGUGGUGGAAUGCCCAUCAACUCGACGGAUGACAUGGACGAAUCCAUGCUGGGUUACGCUGGCAAAGUGUACGAGCAGACUUUGGGUGAGGAGCGCUACACGUUUGUAGAGGAUGUUCAGCAUCCGAAGUCUUGCACGAUCCUGAUCAAGGGUCCGAACGAGCACACAAUUGCGCAGAUCAAAGAUGCGAUCCGCGAUGGUGUUCGCGCUGUAAACAAUGCCAUUGAAGACAAGGGUGUCGUUCCGGGCGCUGCUGCCUUUGAGCUGUCUGCCCACGAGGCCCUUAACAAGUUUAAGGGCACGGUGAAGGGCCGUGCGAAGCUUGGCGUGCAGGCUUUUUCGGACGCUCUGCUCAUCAUCCCCAAGGUAUUGGCUGAGAACUCGGGUCUCGACGUGCAGGACACUCUGAUCGCUGUUCAGGAGGAGCACCAGAACUCGGGUAUGCCUGUGGGUAUCGACCUCUUCUCGGGCGAGCCGAUACUGCCGGAACAGGAAGGUAUUUGGGACAACUACCGAGUGAAACGUCAAUUCAUUCACCUCGCUACGACACUGGCUUCGCAGCUACUGCUUGUUGACGAAGUGAUGCGUGCUGGCAAGCAGAUGGGUGGGGGUGGUGGUAUGCAGCCUGAGCAGUAA